AUGGCAAAGACGAAGCCGGGGAAGAAGGUCCUUGAAUCUUACACCAUCAAAGGAACAAAUAAGGUUGUGAAAGGUAUAUCAUCUGCAGGCAUCGUCUUCGUAAACAAGGGUUUCGAUUGCAAUGCUGGGCACUAAUGGUUGUAUCUCUCACCGAUUCCUCGUCGAUUCGUUGCCGAUCUUGUUGCAGCUGGGGACUGUGUGCUGAUGCGCCCUUCAGACUCAGACAAGCUGCCAUAUGUGGCGAGGGUAGAGAAGAUCGAGGCAGAUCAGCGUGGCAAUGUGAGGGUGAGGGUAAGGUGGUACUAUCGGCCUGAGGAGUCAAUCGGGGGACGGUCCCAGUUCCAUGGGGCUAAGGAGCUCUUCCUCUCGGACCAUUACGACGUGCAGAGUGCCCACACCAUCGAGGGAAAGUGCACCGUUCACUCUUUCAAAAAUUACUCCAAACUGGAGAAUGUUGGCCCUGAGGAUUACUUCUGCCGCUUUGAGUACAAGGCCGCCACUGGUGGCUUCACCCCUGACCGUGUAGCAGUGUACGUUGCCCAAAUGACAUUUUUUUUCCUUUUGUUGUCUCUGUUACGACUCUGGUGGAUCCAUUAUCUCUUCUCAUUAAUUAAUUUGCCUCUUCUCGUUGAUGAAGAUAUUGCAAAUGCGAGAUGCCCUAUAACCCUGAUGAUCUCAUGGUUCAGUGUGAAGGAUGCAAGGAUUGGUAAGUAAUCUGCUGUUUAUUUUUAUAGUUUAGGUUGUCAACAGUGUGCCAAUACAAUUUUUUUGUUUUUUUGAAAUUUUUCGGGCAUGAAGCAAUCACAAUUGAUUAAUAUGCCGAGUCCAUCAUUGGCGUGCAUCUUCAUUUAUUUCAUCAUAGUUCAGAACUUAAAUAAAUUUAGCUAGUGAACUUUUUAACUAGGAGAAGGGCACAUUCUCAUGGAAGGCCACAGAAGUGUGCCCACGUAUAUAUCAUUAUAAAUAAAACGCUUUGAAAUUUUAUGUGAUCUGUUGCUGCACAUAUAUCUUAAAUAUAACAAUGUCGAGAUGCUGAAAUGAACUAUAUGCAACGAAAUGGCUAUACCUUAUGAAUAUGUAAAUAUAUCUUACCAAAGAUGCCAUCUGUUGUGACUGUAGUGAGGGAUGUGAACUAACUCAAUGUUGCAUUCGAAAUUUGGCAAACAAAGACAACCGCCAUAAUUGACCAUGGGCACAUUAUAAGAAUUUUGUGGAAAAAUCCAUCUUUAAGGAUGCAACCCAAGUGCUAGUGCAUCAACAAGGUAAAAGUGGGUGCUAUGCAAGAGCCCAAUAACUGAAGACCGAUGAGCAAGAAAGAAGCUGGAGAGAAAAUACAUAAUUUUCAGACGCAGUAUGUCUCAUAAAUAGUAGAUUAGUUUUCAGUCUAGGACUCUAGGAAUAAAGAAUUUGGAGAAUGGAUGAUAGGAAAUGUGACCGACAGUGUCUUAACCAGGGUUCAAUCAGACAUCUUUCAGCUGCACUAACUUCAUGCACUAAUGCUUUAGAUUAAGCUUUUGUCAAAUUGAAUCCUUCCUAGGGUAGCAGUACUGAAGGGAUUAGGCCAAUUGACAGCCAGUAUAAUGCAUGAAAUCAUUGGACUGCACUAACCUCAUCCAAUUAUGCACAGAUUGAGUUUGAGUCAAAUCAAGUUGUGGGAGUACAGAAGGGGUUGCGCUAGUUUAUUGGGAAGUUACUGACUGUCUAAUAAAACUUAGUCUUCUUCUUUCACUGUAUUUACUACUAUUUCAAGGGAAUCAAUGAAAUCAAAGAAGAUGGAUCUACCACUUGGAUGAGUUUAUAUUCUGAAGAGGUAAUUCUAUUGUGGUUCAGACCAUCCUGACUUAGAUGUAUGAACUUGGGCUGCAGUAUUUUGCAGAAAAGUUUCAAAGAUUUUCUUACUGUUUUUGGAUGGCUCAAAUGCAGUUCAUUAGUUUAUAAUGCGUCAAAAUGAUUUCCAAUCAAUUCCAGCCGCAUACUGAUUUGAGGCAUCAGACUGAUCACACAAUAUUUCAUCAAAAAAUGAGAAAUAAAUAAAAAAUGAAAUAUGAAGUAAUAUGUUGAUAGAUCUCUGUAUAAGUAGUGUGGAGGAUGGAUCGGUGUAAUUUUUUUGACUUGAGCUCUCAAAAACUUUAUUUCUAAUAAAAGGUAAUAAAAAUGGGAUAUGAAAUCAUUAAGGAAAUGAAAAUAUUUUGAUAAUAAAUACAAUUUUGAACUUGUAGUAUUUAAAGGAAGAACAAUCGCUAAGGCAUCUUUUCAUUGGAAAAGUUUAAUUGUCUUUAGAAUGGUCAUGGGAGAAAGAACGAUAUUCUUUUGCCGAAGUAACAGCAAUGGGGUGUAUCAGGAGGUUCAAUGAAGUCCAUGAAUAUCUUAGUUCAUCUAGAGAAUCGGGUCACCUUUCAUCUAACAAAGGAGAGAGAAUGCUGAUGCCAACAUAGGAUCAAAUAAGAAGGAUUCUUACUAGAAUUGAUCUAUGCUUGCUAGAGAGUGAUGACUCUGAUUGCUAGUAAGCAUGACAUGUACAAAUUGAUAAUAUUUGUCAAAUAAUUUCUUUAAUAUGGUUCCAUCCAUUGAUAAAUGCGAAAAAAAAAUUCAUGUUUUUUUUAAUGUUAUUCUAUUUUUAAAAUAAUCAGUUGUUACAAUAAUAAAAGAAUAAUGCGGAUCUCUAAUAUCUUUAUUCCAAUUAGCCAUAACCUACAAGUGUGGAUAUAACCUUUACUUGAAUGGUAAAAAUAAGAUGUGCCUUGUUGCUUCAUAUCCAUCAUCACUGGGAUACUGUUGAAUAAGCAGACACUUCCCUCUAACUGCUGCAGUAGUCUGUUGUGAUUAUAUAUUGUUCAUGGGAUCACAGGCUCCUAACCAUCCAUCUCAGGAAUCUAAGAUCUCAUCUGGCUGUCGUUUGGUCAUCUGCAGCUGUUGUUACCAUGCCUCCUUUCCAUGCUUCACAGGAACUCUCGAAAUGCCAUCAAGCCAUCUUUUCAUCUUUAGAAUCAAAUCUAAUGGGCUCACAUUUUGUAUCCUUCCAUACCUCUUCUCCAGAGGCCUUAGUUAUGAAUUUGCUACGUUUUUAACAGCCUGGGGCAAUGCUAACUAUUACCAACAGGGCCACAACUUGCAGUUAAGUUCAACCCGCUUGCUUUUUCCUGAUUCAAGUUAAGCACCUUCGAGAAGAUGAUACCAUUGGCUUAAUCUUUCAUGAUGCUCUUGCAUUCCAGAUGCUUUAGCGGAGUUCUUCUUUCACGAAAAGCAGUAAGCUCAUUGCAUUUGUGUGUACCUUGAGCACUGUGAGGAAAUAUCAUAUCAAGGAUCCAUAGGAUAUGCCAUUGGUUGUCAGGGGCAAACGGUGCAUCUUUCUAUCUGCCCUUCUUACGUGAAAUAGGCAACAGCAGUUGUUCAUGAGUAGUCUCUAUGGUUCUGUUUCUCCACUAUAAUGUUAAUGUUCGCACCUACAGAAAAGAAAACUAAUAUCAUGCUUCCAAGAACCAAUAAAGAAUGCUAAAUUUUAUGCGAUGCUUAUUGAAUUUUCUUUUCUGCGAUUACUGCUUUUAGUAUCUUGAUAGGUUCGUUGAUAAAUCUCGGAAGAUGUUUGAUUUUCAUGUUGUCCUACCAAUUUUCCCGUAACUUCGUUAUGAUUUGUCAACUUUUCUUCCUUGCUCUAUCUAAAUAGGUUUCAUCCUUCUUGUAUGGGUAUGACUAUUGAAGAAGCAAAAAAGUUGGAACAUUUUGUAUGUGCUGAUUGUGCUACGAAGGAUAAGUCCAAAAGAGCCUUGAGCUCGCUGCCUGUUUCAUCUCUCUCUGGAAACAAGGUAAGGAUGCUAAUAUUUGUUACUUGUGGUUUAUAUAGUGAUGCGUUUUGUUCUUUUCCAUUAACUAAUAUCUACGAUGAUAUACACAGAAGAGAGGAAAACAGUUGGGGGGGAGAGUUGCUGGCCAUACAGGUGGGUGCGUUAGCUCCUACCAAUCUUAUUUAUAAUAGGGAAAACUUUAAAACGAUUACAUGAAAAAAAUACUCCACCCUUUAGGAGCGCUGGGAAUGAAGCACAAUAAGUAACUAAAGAUAAAAUGAAAGAUAUAUAUGCCGUCAUCGUCUUAUCCCCCUCAUGUUAAGCGUGAAUGCCUUGGAGAUUUGUUCCUACGACUCUAAGAGGGUGUGCUGUGCGUAA